AUGAAGCUCUCCGCGCUCGCCCUCGUCGCCGCCUGCGGCAUCUGGUCCGUCGCCGCCCAGGUGCAGGCCCCCGUCGCCGCCAAGGUUGAGCCGCACCGCCACACCAUCCUGCCCAAGUGCUCGCACAAGUGCUUCGACAACGCCGUCAAGAAGCUGGGCAUCUGCGACCUCGACGACGGAUCGUGCUGGUGCGAGCCGGAGCACCUCAAGAAGAUCAGGAGAAAGGCCGGGACCUGCAUCUUCGUCAAGUGCCGCUUCAAAGGCCCAGGAAAGGUCCUAUCAACUGUUCCCAAAAUGAACAAGUAUUGCAAAAAGGUGGCCGAAUUUAAGACGGGUGAGAGCAGACCAUCCAACGCGUCGGUCCUGCAGUCUUGA